AUGAAUACCGCCAGAGAAGGCUGGAAAUCUGAUCCUCGGGGAGACGCCCAACAAGCCUCCAAUUCUCCCACCGACAACACAGAAUCCCCGCGAUGGCUCCAAACAGCCUACUCAGCGGCUUCCGCACCGCGAUUUCGCCGCUACGCACUAAUCUACCUCGCAUUGCUCAUACUCGCCUGGAUCGGGUGGCGACUACUACUACAUCCCCCACGACUCCAAGAGCGUACCUCAUCCGAGCUGGACGACUUGAUACGGAUUCGUACAUUGGAUCCACAAUUUGUGCCGAGCGAUCUUGCGAAUCUAGACGCAGAUACUAAGAGUCAGAGUCAGAAACGGCUGAUCAUCGUGGGCGAUGUGCACGGCUGCAGAGACGAGCUGGUACGGCUUCUCGAAAAGGUUGCCUUCAAGCAAGCAAACGACCACCUCAUUUUUGUCGGAGACAUGAUCAGCAAAGGUCCCGACAGCAAAGGAGUCGUGGAUUUAGCGCGGCAGUGCUCCGCAUCUAGUGUGCGCGGCAACCACGAAGAUAGGAUCCUACGUUUGCGACGCAUGGCGAAGACGGGGACUCUCGCGACGCCUUCCGGCAAAGAUUCGUCGAAGGAGCGGGCAGAGCGUGCUCUCGCUAGUUCUUUGAGCGAUGAGCAAGUCCAGUGGCUGGAAGCGUGCCCGGUUAUUUUAGAUAUCGGGCAGGUCCCGGGGAUGGGACGGGUGGUGGUUGUCCAUGCGGGACUUGACCCCGGUGUUGAGCUUGAGGAACAGGAUUUGUUGAGCGUCAUGACUAUGCGGACUCUUGAUCCUGAUACAAACUUACCCAGUCCGAAGAAGAAGGGGGUGAAAUGGGCAGAAGUGUUUGAUAAGCAGCAAUCUGCACUAUAUUCGAGUCUCGAGUCCUCGGCUGAAGACCCCAGAUCGAAAACCGUGACUGUUGUUUAUGGUCACGAUGCUUCUUCUUCUCUUUCCAUUCGCACGUUUACGAAGGGUCUUGACUCGGGUUGUGUGAAUGGAGGUGAGCUUACGGCGCUGGUUAUUGGAGACGGUGGCAAGCAAUCCAUUGUACAGGUAUCAUGUCGCGACUAUCGCAAGAGUUGA